AUGGCUCUGCAGGAGGCGAAGCCUCAGGGCCCGAGGGGAGCCGGGCCGGCGGCGCGGGGGCGCGGGGGCCGGCUCCGGGCGCGUGGGCUCGGCCGCACCGGCGCGGGAGCCGCGCGGGGCACCGGCGUGAGGGGCCCCGGGGUCGGCGGGUCCCACGACGCGUCGCCGCCGUCGCCGCCCCCGCUGCUGCUGGGACUACUGCUGCUGGCGGCCCUCCUGGAGCACGGCCGGGCCGACCCGGGAACAGACAAUCUACAGAUAGAUGUCACCCCAACCCCUGAAUCGUUUCCUCACGGGAAAUUGUUACCGAUUUCACCAACAUGGCCUUUCUCAGAAGUCAAGUCUUCCUCUGCAGCGGACAGAACCAAGACCGUGCUGGGACAGUCCCCUGACAACACAAGCUGGCCGCUGCUCGCCCGAACCCCUCCGCCCAAGACCCGCCGCAGGACUAGGGCUCACGUGGACUUCUCUUCUUCCCUUUUCCAAGGAAGCGGACAUAGCGCCUCCCUCGACCCUUCCAAGGAUUCUACGGAGUCCCUGGUCCAGCCAGGGCCUCAAGGGGGAGGAGAAGCGGCCGACGCAUCAGCAGCUCCAGAGAAUUCCGGAGGGCCCGCCCAUUCAGCAGAACACACAUCUUCCUCUUGGGUGCCUUCUUCUCUGCCUUUUACCACACCAGGUCGAGGGCAAGCCAUGCUCUCUGGGGUGGUUCCUGCGUCUCCGUGGAACAGGACAGCCGACUUGCCCUCCAGGCUCACUUCCCUGCAGCCUGCAGAGAGUCACGCCCCCCGCGCCCCUGUGCUAGGGGUGCCCGCUCCUGCAGAGGACGGCCGUGCCGGGGCCCUUCCUACCGCGGCUGCAGACUUCCUCCUCUCAAGCAGAGUUCCUCACCUUUCAACGACUUGGACAUUUCCCCGGUGGAAAGAGGACCGUGUGACAGCCAUUUUAAGGAAAAGUGAAAAGGCAAAUGUGACAGUUCCUCUCCAGGCCUUUCCAAGUAAAGAGGUGUUGAGUCUUCACACUGUAAAUGGAUUCGUCUCUGAUCUCAGUGCUGAUCGGAGUUCAUCUGCUGUCCUUACAGCGCCCGGGACAAAGCUUUCUCCUCCGGGAUCACCUCCACCUCCCACACCCUCUGCACAAACAACCUGGACUGUUUCCCCGUCUCCUGGCGUUGCCAGCACCAAGCCGGAGACGUACACAGCCACUGUGGGCCAUUCAGAGUUGCCAGCUCCAGCUUCCGAACAGGUGACAGCAAUUCCCUCCUCCACUGAUGUCUAUGAUUUCGCAACAAUGGGAAACACGGAAAAGCCAGCAGCCGCAGAUGUUUUCUGGAGUUCUCUUUCAUCAGUAACUGGAUCCCUUUCCACAGAAUCAACAAUAUCUGGCUUGCAGCAGCAAACAAAUUAUGAUUUAAAUGGACAUGCAAUUAACUCCACAAGUUGGGCAUCCCAUUCAGCUUCCACAACUCCUCCCCGUGGUUUAACUUCAGCUGCCAAUGCGAUAAAAUCUCAGGAUUUCAGAGACACUGCUGGGCAUUCAGUGACUGCAGGCGGCUUUAACAUUCAGGAUCCAGUCCUUGGUACAAGCACCAACCAGCCUGUACAACAGUCAGACGGGGCUGUGGUUGGAAACCGUACAGACCUCUGGCCCACUAGCAAUAACAGCCAUUCCAGAGACUUCCAGACAACUGAGUUUGAAUAUGACCCAUCCACAAGUCAGCGUUCUGCGUCUCAUCCCCAUCUACAGUUGCCUGCCCAGCCAACACAUCCUCUUUUGCUAACCUCACCAAGUCUGACUUCUACAUCCAGCUUACAGGAAAUGCUUUCAGAUGGAACAGAUACAGAUUCCCACAUUUCCGGCGACAUCUAUCCAUCACCUGUGAUGAAUGCUUCCACACCAUUCCAGAGCAUCCUGAGACAUCACUCUACUGCCGAAUCUCCUCCUAUAUCAACCAGUGCCUUUUCCAGGACCACCCCCUCCAAAGUGCCACAGGCUUCUCAGCACCCCAAGAAAUGGACAGGUGCAGCCACUAGUGGAGGUAGUUUGUUUCCUGGUUCCCCCAAAACAGUGGACUUCUCAGUGUUAUCCAAGGUAGAGCCAACAGCAGCAGCAGCAGCAGCGGCAGCAGCAGCCACGUUGUUCCUGCGGAAACCAAGUCCACCGGCGCUGUCUGCAGCUCUAGUUGCUAAGGGGACCGGCAGCAGCCCUUUGGCUGUGGCCUCAGGAUUAGGCAAGAGCAGUUUGACCACUACUCUAGCUAAAAAUGUCACAAACAAGGUGGCCUUUGGCUCAAAGGCAACACCAGGGACACUCCAUACAGCCUUCCCAUUCACGCCAACCUACAUGUUUGCAAGAACAGCACACACCGUGAGCACACAUACAGCCAUGCAAGGGGACACAGGCACUGCCUCUGGCCUGUUGUCCACAACACACCUCCCCAGGAAACCACAAGCCAUGCACACAGGCUUCCCAAACCCCACCAACCCGGAGACGCCCAGAGCAUCCACCCCACGCCCGCUGACAGUCACAGCAGCGUUGACAUCCAUGACAGCCUCAGUGAAGGCCACCCGCUUGCCACCCUUGCGGACAGAAAACACAGAUGGUGCUCCUCCUGCUGCAUCGGCUGCUGUGGUCACAACUGGCAAAAUGGCAUCCAGCCUGGAGUGUCAGAUGUCCAGUAAGCUCUUGGUGAAGACAGUCCUCUUUCUGACCCAAAGGAGAGUGCAGAUCAGCGAAUCCCUGAAGCUCAAUGUAGCCAAAGGGCUCACGCAGGCAUUGCGGAAGGCUUUCCACCAGAACGAUGUCUCGGCUCACGUGGACAUCCUAGAACACGCUCAUAACCUCACGGUUGGUUAUUAUGCUACCAAAGGGAGGCUGGUGUACUUGCCUGCUGUAGUGAUAGAAAUGCUGGGCGUUUAUGGAGUCAGCAACGUCACUGCAGAUCUGAAGCAGCACACCCCCAACUUACAGUCUGUGGCCGUACUUGCCUCCUUGUGGAAUACCCAGCCUGCAGGCUACUUCCAGCUGAAAACAGUGCUGCAGUUUGUGAGCCAAUCAGACAACAUACAGUCCUGCAAGUUUGCUCAGACGAUGGAACAGAGGCUGCAGAGAGCCUUCCAGGAUGCUGAGAGGAAGGUCCUGAGUACCAAAAGCAACUUGACGAUUCAGAUUGUGAGCACGUCCAACGCCUCCCAGGCGGUCACCUUGGUGUACGUCGUGGGCAAUCAGAGCACGUUCCUCAACGGCACCGUUGCCAGCAGCCUCCUCAGCCAGCUCUCGGCUGAGCUGGUGGGGUUCUACCUCACCUACCCGCCGCUCACCAUUGCUGAACCACUGGAAUAUCCCAACCUUGAUAUAUCAGAAACAACCAGAGACUAUUGGGUCAUCACAGUGCUGCAGGGCGUGGACAACUCGCUGGUGGGCCUGCACAACCAGAGCUUCGCCCGAGUCAUGGAGCAGCGCCUGGCCCAGCUGUUCAUGAUGUCGCAGCAACAAGGCCGGCGGUUUAAACGGGCCACCACCCUGGGGAGCUACACUGUACAGAUGGUAAAGAUGCAGCGUGUGCCAGGCCCUAAGGACCCGGCGGAGCUGACGUACUACACCCUGUACAACGGAAAGCCUUUGCUGGGGACCGCCGCUGCCAAGAUCCUGAGCACUAUUGACUCCCAAAGGAUGGCCCUGACCCUGCACCACGUUGUCCUUCUGCAGGCUGACCCCGUGGUGAAGAAUCCCCCCAACAACCUGUGGAUCAUCGCCGCGGUGCUGGCGCCCAUCGCCGUGGUCACGGUCAUCAUCAUCAUCAUCACUGCCGUGCUCUGCAGGAAGAACAAGAACGACUUCAAGCCAGACACCAUGAUCAACCUGCCUCAGAGGGCAAAGCCUGUGCAAGGCUUUGAUUACGCCAAGCAACACCUGGGCCAGCAAGGGGCGGACGAGGAGGUCAUUCCCGUGACUCAGGAAACGGUGGUCCUCCCACUGCCCGUGAGAGACGCCCCUCAGGAAAGAGACAUCGCGCAGGACGGCAGCACCGUCAAGACGGCCAAGUCCACCGAAACCAGAAAGAGCAGGUCGCCCAGUGAGAAUGGCUCUGUCAUCAGCAACGAAUCAGGGAAGCCCAGCUCAGGGAGACGCUCACCCCAGAAUGUAAUGGCACAGCAGAAAGUGACAAAGGAGGAGGCAAGGAAGAGAAAUGUGCCAGCAAGUGAUGAAGAGGAAGGAGCCGUUCUUUUCGACAGCUCAGGCAAGGCGGCUGCCGAGCCCUUCGACACGUCCUCUGGGUCCGUGCAGGUGAUCGCCAUAAAACCCACGGCCCUGUCCGUGGUGCCCCCGUCCUCGGACAGGAACCAGGAGUCGUCGGCAGUCCUCAACGGUGAGGUGAACAAAGCCCUGAAGCAGAAGUCAGACAUCGAGCACUAUCGGAACAAGCUGCGCCUCAAAGCCAAGAGGAAGGGAUAUUAUGACUUCCCCCCAGUGGAGACAAGCAAGGGUCUGACCGACAGAAAAAAGAUGUAUGAAAAAGCCCAAAAGGAAAUCGAGCAUGUUUUGGAUCCAGACACAGAACUGUGUGCUCCAUUUGCCGAGUCUAAAAACAGGCAACAGAUGAAGAACUCUGUCUACCGAAGCCGGCAGUCCCUGAACAGCCCGAGCCCCGGGGAGACCGAGAUGGACCUUCUAGUGACUCGGGAGCGACCCCGGCGUGGGAUCCGUAACAGCGGAUACGAUGAUGUAUACACAAGGCCAUAUGUGCUGUGCUACGUGGAUGAUUUAAGGCUGCCAUCCCCAACCUCCGGGCCUCAGACCAGUACCGGCCCGGCCCCGUGGCCUGUUAAGAACCGGGCUGCAGAGCAGGAGACUGAGCCUGAAAUCAUAGAGGAAACCAACGUUGACAGAGUUCACGAGCCCCGGGGCUACACCAGGUCUCGGCAGGUGAAAGGCCACUCGGAGACGUCCACGCUGAGCUCCCAGCCCUCCAUCGACGAGGUCAGGCAACAGAUGCACAUGCUGCUGGAGGAGGCCUUCAGCCUGGCGUCCGCCGGCCACGCGGGCCAGAGCCGGCACCAGGAAGCCUACGGGUCAGCCCAGCACCUGCCCUACUCAGAGGUGGUGACCAGCGCUCCAGGGACCAUGACUCGGCCCAGGGCUGGGGUGCAGUGGGUGCCGACCUACCGCCCAGAAAUGUACCAGUACAGUCUGCCCCGGCCGGCUUACAGGUUCUCCCAGCUUCCUGAGAUGGUCAUGGGCUCACCCCCGCCACCUGUACCUCCCCGGACCGGCCCUGUGGCUGUCACAUCUCUCAGGCGGUCCACCUCCGACAUCGGCAGCAAGACCAGGAUGGCCGAGUCCGCGGGGCCCGAGCCGGCCCAGCUGCACGACAGCGCCUCCUUCGCGCAGGUGUCCAGAGGCCCCGUGUCGGUGGCGCAGUUGGAUCAGUCGGCUUUAAAUUACUCAGGAAAUACGGUGCCGGCAGUGUUCGCCAUCCCAGCUGCCAACAGACCUGGCUUCACCGGCUACUUCAUCCCGACGCCUCCCUCGUCCUACAGGAACCAGGCCUGGAUGUCCUACGCAGGCGAGAACGAGCUCCCAAGCCAGUGGGCCGACUCGGUGCCCCUCCCCGGGUACAUCGAGGCUUACCCCCGAUCCCGGUAUCAGCAGAGCUCGCCCUCCAGGCUCCCCCGCCAGUACAGCCAGCCCUCUGGCCUGCACCCCAGCCUGGAGCAGGCCCCCGCGCCCUCCGCCGCGGCCUCGCAGCAGAGCCUGGCAGAAAAUGACCCCUCGGACGCGCCGCUGACCAACAUCUCCACCGCGGCCCUGGUGAAAGCCAUCCGGGAGGAGGUGGCCAAGCUGGCCAAGAAACAGACAGACAUGUUUGAGUUCCAGGUCUAACGCCUUAGCCCCGGGGGACUCGGGACUUCCAUGCUGCGCGAAACAGCCUUUGGGGUUCUCACGCCUGAUGUGUUGGGACUUCGGAGAAGGAGUGAGUCUUUCUAAAGCUCAGUUUCUGAAAAGGUGAACAGCGGGGCUUCUGGGAAACAGAGGGAACCCGAGAAUGAACAGCUGGAUUCUUCUUGGCUAGUUCAUCUGCUCGUGUGUCAAGAAGUGCCCGCUGGGGACGUUAUGAUUGAUAUUCAUUAUGUUGAAUGUUUGAACUGGGUGUAUUUCCCUUUGGAGCCUUAAUCACAAGAGGCACUAGCUAAUCUACAGAUUCCUGUCCAAUGCCAUAUUUUAAUAAAUCACUGGAAGGCGGAGAAUAUACCUCUCAUCUUCGGUGACCCUGCAUGUUAACUGUUUCUGUGUUAAGGCAGCACAGCAGCGUGGAUUAAGCAGCAGACUGUACUCUCUCUCAUUCAGCCGUGACCGUGAUGGUUAACAUCGUCUCUAGUCUGCAAGGGAGACGCUGACUCCAGCCAAGAAACUUGAGUCCCUUUUUUUAAAAGGUUCAUAUUCAAAGUCAAAUGAAAUUGGAUGAAAGUCAGUACCCAUGGCUGCGCCUAUAAAUAGUCCUGACUCUUUAUUUCCCCCAGUAAUUAAAAAAAAAAGGCCAAGAAAGAGAGAAGAAGAGAGAGAAUGGUAGAUUUGUGUCGACGGGUUUUCUGAAAGGUGUUGUCGCUUUGGGAAUAGAGCACCCCACAAGUUAGGAUCUAACUGAAAGAGAAUCGGUGCUAAGAGCUCUUAGGGUCCUACAAAGAAACACAGUUAUUUGUGGAGGUUUUUCUUCGCCCUGCAUUGAAGGUGGCCUGAGAACAGAGCUGCUCUCUUUGGGGGAAUAACAGAUACUUGCCUUUUACAGGAAAAUCUCUGUCCCUUCAACAAUGACGUCCAGCCUGUGCGGCCCAGCGGUACAAAAGGGAGUGGUAACUGAUCCCUGUUAGAGACAGGAGCGGUGGUUCCAAAGUCUUCCCAGGCUGCAGCCUCUGUUUAUAGAAGUUUCUGAAUGUAGGAAAUCUGUUGAGUUGCAUUUAAAUGUAAAUAAACUUUUAAAAAGUGUGGGCAGGGAGUUAGCCAGUUGCCUACAGCUAAUAGACGCAGGAGGACAUGUGCUGAAGUGGCAGGGCUGCUGCUACCUUGUGGCCACGAUGUUGCAAGUCACCCUUCCUGGCAUGGCGAGUUGGUCCCCAGAGCUCUGGGUAGGGGACGUUGCCUCACAGCACUGAGGCACCAGCUGCUGCCAACCCUCCUCCCCCCCCCCCGUCCCCAGCAACGUGAGCAAGACAGCUGCUGACUUUGGGUAGCAGGGGAGAGGGGACACUUUGGUUCCCAUACCAACUUGGGGAGCCUGUACUGGGUUGGGGGCCUACCUGGUGUCUGUUGGAGAACGAGGUCCUGUCCUGCUUUCGCCCACGUUGCAUCUAGCUUCUGCUGUCUCCAUCCCUUCUGAGCCCAUCUGCCCAUUGUCCUCAUGAGUUUCUUUGGUCUUUACUGAAAGAACAAGGUGGAAACUGAAACGUUGAGAGAAGACGAGAAAUGGAACUGAUUAGAACGGGAGAUUGAAACUGUCAAAGCACAGACUUUUCACAGAAGCCGUUUUUAUUUCCCAGUGGCAAAUUGCCCUCUUUGGAAUGUUCAGAGACGACAUGUCAUGGAAUUCCCAAACAAGUCUCUUGUUCGGAUGAUAAUAGGUAGUGUCCUUUUAGUAUGCUGGUUGAUCUUUCAUAGUGUUAGGUUUUUGUUACUUAAAAAGAAAUCAGCUAUAAAUAAAAUGUAUUUUUGUAAUUCCCUUCUGUAUAUAUGGUAUAUUUCUACCAAUGGCCAGUUGUUGUAGUCCAGAACCUAAGUCAGCUUGCAAAACACUGUGGACAGUGCAAGAUUUUAUGGACAGACUAACAUAAUGCCUAAGUCUAUCCAAAUAGGCAUUCAGUGCACUUGAAUGAACAAAGAGCCAAAGAAACUCAGCCUUUUCAUGCAAAUGGUAUGAGUCUGAUAAAGUCAGCUACAUUAUCCCGCUUUCCCAGUAAUAUUAAUAUUUCAUCAGUGCAAUGAUAUCAACCCAGUACUUUGUCUACUUGGUACAUGCCUGGAAAUACUGUAUGUGAAAAUGGCGUUUCGAGACCUUAGUGUAAUUGAAAUAUAUAUACAUGUUUCGAAAGACAGUGUCUGAGCUUUGGAUGUUCCGAUGACUUACAGAGGUCUGGCUCUCCAGGUCGCUAAGAGGAUGGAGCCACAGAUCACCGUGGUCUUUGCAGAAGCCCAUGCAAUUGUCAGUGGAGACAACUAAAAAUAAAGCAUGCUGCAUCCGAGACUGGCUUACACUAGACACCAUGGGUGCAAGAGAAGUAGAUGAGAGGAAAAGCUUAAGUUGAAAAGAAAUCCGUCUGUUCAUGAUUUCCCACCAAUGGGGAGACAGCCCCUGUGGUUGGGUUUUCUGUGACUGACGCGUGGCCCCUUCUCUGAAGAUUCUCCAGGUGAAGACACCUGGAUGCUGACUCUGAGAAAAGGAAGAUGGUCAAACGUGCCUCAUGGAAGUGAAAAUAGGGUUCCAUGAGAGCCCCGAGGAGGCAGCAACAGACUCUGUGUUCAUUGGAACCCUCCAGACAGUCACAGAAGCCACAAAGGAUCUUGGUUGACCUGGGAGAAGGAGGAAGUGGAAAUUCAGAGAUGGCCCGAGGCUUCCAGCCCCAUCUGCUGAUCCGUGACCCGACUUAUUUUCCAUCUCACCACCAUGUGGGCUGCAGGAUUGUCAGUGACACAUGUCUUUCACUGUGCCCGGAAGCUCAAAAGAUACAUAAGGGUCAUAUGAGGAAGUCCAUAAUGUUCUUGCCAAGAAAAAAGAUGACUGAUUGCGUGUGUAAUGAACUUCAGAUACAGUGUGUAGAGGACGAUGCAUUUUGUGGCAUAAUAAACAUUUUUCAGCACUGGUUUGGAUAUGAGUUUUCUGCAUUUAUGAAAAAGAAAUGCAUUUUUGGCUUUUUCCAGAGAGUGCCGUCAAGGAAAUGGUGUCCUCACCUGCUGUUCAAGACUGUGGGGAGGAGUUCCUCUCUCAGCACCAAGGAUCCAAGCAGACAGGCAGGGAUGCCCCUUCCUGCUUGUCCCGGUGAGGUAUCAGACCCCCGGCUCUGUGUCAGUGGAGGGGGACCUGGUGUGCAGGGACAGAAAGGUCUAGGGUGUGGCCCGGUACCUACCAGGGGAGGCUUGUGUCGCAACAAGAUGGCAACUGUUACCUAUGGAGCAGGAGUUUCCUCUUUCAGGGUGGAUUAUGUAAAGAUCCAUUCUUUGGUCCUGGAAGAAGUUUUAUUGUGCAUUUUUUAAUAACUCAGCAGAAGGGCUUAUAAUUUCUGAGUUAUCCUGAUGGAAGAAAGGAAAUUGUUACAUCUGUGAUUUGGAAAAAAAAAAAAAAAAAGCAAAAACACCUUCUGAGAGAGAGUGUAGUAGAAUGCAGGAGGCAAGGAAUGUAAAUGCCUAACUAAAAGUAAUGCUUUGCUAACAGGCAGAAAUUAGAGCAAUGGAUGAAAAGAUUUAAACAUUGAUUGCAUAUAGAAAUGAGCUCCCAUUUUUCUACAUAGCACACGGAAACUCGUUUAAUGAAUAAUAUAACAAGUAUUGUUUUAAAAGUUUGAGCACAGGAUUUAGACUUAAUCCUAAAUUCCUCCUACCACACACCAGAAAAUAAUUUGGACUUUCUUUACAAAAUACAGCCAGAUACCCUUAAGGAAAGAUAGUCAUUUAGCUUGGAGGAGUGACGGACUGGGGUCGAAGUGUUGAAAUGAAAUUCUGCCAUUCAGUCCAACUUCGAAGGGAUUCGGUCAAGGAGUUUUUGCAAGGACUAGAGACCUGCUCACGCUUGCUCGAGUGUAGGGGCUGGCUGAAAGAAUGCAGGGGUCUUUCACAGACACAAAACACAGCUCCUCUCCAGGAAGGGGUAGAGGUGGUGGCCCUGGCUCUUACACUCUCUCACGUCCUCUUUUCUCACGGGCUUUCAUCCAUAUCUGUUCCGUCCUCUGUCUUCCCCUGGCCAACCAGCUUUCUCAUUAGUAUAUGUACAAAAAUAUCCACCCAGGACCCACCUCGCCCAACCUUUCCUCUCCAGUCCCUCCACUCUGGGAUUAGCAUCUCUGUGCCCCCUGAGGUUAAUUCUCAAGAAUCAGAUUGGUCCAGUUCAUCUGCCUAGGGAUGAGCCACCUGGAGUCAGCUGUGACCAAGGAGGCUGGGUCAUGUAAUAUAAGCAUAGCCCCCUGGACUGACCCUUUCAGCAGGGGCUUUUGUAGGGGGCUAGCACCCAGAGGAAGGAGCACGAGUGGGCAGGACCUUCAAAAGGAACCUACUACAGACCAGAAUUGACCAGUACACCUGGGAUGCCACCCAGCAGCCAGUCCUGGGAGGGCAGCCUCUUUGGAGACUGCCACAGAGAGACAAGGGGCGUCCUUCACUUACACAUCAGGUGAGAAUACAUGACCUUGAAACCCUGCUAGACUGGCCAGAACUGCCCCAACCACUUCCCACCCCGACGCCAGUUACUGAUACAGCUGCUGUGUCUCAGAAGUGAUUUCUGACCAAGGCCCAGUUAGCACGAUGUCUUGCUCAGCAGACAAUAAAUACUUGUAAAUUGAAUUGCAUGAUCUUAGCUCAGGUGCUAUUAAUGUGGCUCACGGCCACACACUUGCAUGGAUGAGAAAACCGAUGAGCCUCUCCAUAGAGUCUUUUGAAACAAAAUUGGUUUCAAGUGAAACUGAUAUUAUUGUGGCUCUGACCUUCUGAAUAUAAUAAGUCAGUGUCCUGAGAAUUGAAAGGUCUCUUGAUUUCUUAGGUGAACUGUUACAGAAUCCGAGCCUAACAUAAAUGCUAAAAUGUAAGGUGUUUCUGAAAAGGACUGUUUAGGAAAUGUAGUUGUGCCAGAAACAAAUUCUUUCGGAAGAUAGUAAGUUGCUUUGAUUUUGCAGGUUUCAAAAAUCAGGAAAUCUGUGAUACGACAGAAUUUGUCUGCAUAGGUCAAACCCACAUUUCAGUGAGAGCCAUUAUAUAAGAGAAUCUAAAAGUGGAUUAUUUUCAAUCUCUGACCUUGGUCAGACUUUUGCAAAUUAUGAAGGGAGGCUGUCAAUGUAUUUUACACAAAUUAACUGUGGCCUCACCUUAUUUCUCCUCAUCUCUUCCUUAUGUCUAAACUCACCCCUAUCACACACCCCAAACUAAGUAGAGAAAAGGUUUGUAUUAAAAAGAAUCAGAGAAGUUAUCAUAUGGACUGGAAAUUUUGAAAAAGAUGUAAAUAUUCUCGACCUGGAGUGACACACUUUGCUCUCUGAUUCCUCAUCUGUCAAAUGGGUACAACAUAUGUACUUCCUACCUCUCGUGGUGGUUGUGAGGAGCACAUAGCAUAAUGUAUCUGAAAAUGGUUUGAAAAGUCUAGGUGAAGGAAUUCUUACUAAAUGAUGGGUUUUGUCAUUCAGUUCUCUCCAGCAAGGUAUUUGAGCUCCUCCUAGCCCCUGAAUUAAUUUGUAUUAUCACGUGUUCCAUGACACAACUUCUUGUCAAGGAAAAAUAAAGAAAUUCCUAAAUUUGGAGUUGCCCACAAAAGCCAACCUCAUCUGGACUUGCUGUUAAUUGUCGUUGUCGUCUCUGAUUUGGAGGAUGUGUAAGUACUUGUAUAUGUGCUUUAACUCUGGGUGAAAACCCCAGACCAGUGAUUCUUUAAAACCACAUUAGACACAUUGGGCAAAGUACUGAACAGAAGCUUGGAAUGUAGCUGUUAUUUUAAUGCUUUGCUUUCUAAUUAACUUUGUACGUCCUUAGCCUCUGCCGGGAACAGAGUGUUCAUAUGCUGUUAGAGUUUUUUAUUGUAAAAUAAAAUGACAAAAGGCUUUCAUA